AUGGCUGCAGCUCUCGCUGCCCCUGCCGCUAUAGCAGGAUUGGCCUAUCUCAAUGCCCGAUGGAGGUUGUCUGUCGACGCGAAUCUUAUCGGCUCGUUGGCAAGUGCCACUAGGACACUUGAAAAACGCGAGAAGGACGAUCGACUCAGCUCUUUCUACCUGAUCGAGGAGCAUGCUCAGAAUCCCAAAGUUCAGAAUUGCGUUUUCAUUGUCUUUCAAGGCAAAACAUGGACUUUCAAACAGACUUACGACAUGGUGCUUCGCUAUGCUGGGUACUUGCACAACAAACACUCGGUACAGCAGGGUGAAAUUAUUGCUCUAGAUUUCAUGAACUCCCCCCAAUUCUUGUUUAUGAUCUUGGCUGUAUGGUCACUCGGCGCAUUACCAGCUUUGAUCAAUUACAACCUCACUUCGACUUCAUUCGUCCACAGUGUACGGGUCUCGACAGCGCGUUUGUUGAUCAUCGACCCAGAGGUUGAGCCAAAGGCCUUGACUCCGGAAACGAGACCAAUCUUGGAAGCUUCCAACUUUAGGAACAAUGCUUUCCCACUGGAAAUUGAUGUCUUGACCGCGGGACUUCAGUCGUCCCUGGAAUACUACCCUCCUUACCGUGCCCCAGACACUGCCCGUUCAGGAGCCCUGCUACGGUCACCUUGUGUUUUGAUCUACACCUCAGGAACCACUGGCUUGCCCAAAGCUGCCAAGGUUCCAUGGGACCGAACCCUCAGGGGAGGCAUGUUCGUAGGCAAAUGGUUGGGUAUCAACCCUGUCACAUCCAAGAACCCAGACCGAUACUUUACGGCCAUGCCUUUAUACCACGGUACAGCCUUCCAACUAUGCUUCCACGUGUGCCUCACCCGCCCAGCUACCCUCGUCAUCGGGCGCAAGUUCUCCGUCUCGAACUUCUGGAACGAUGUUGCUGCUGCGGACACGACUAUUAUCCAAUAUGUUGGCGAGACCCUGCGAUACCUGAUGGCGGCACCACCGCAACCAAACGAUCGUACAAAACACAAAGUUCGCAUGGCAUUUGGCAAUGGUCUCCGCCCGGACGUGUGGGACCGCUUUCGUGACCGCUUCGGCGUUGAGACUAUCGGGGAAUUCUAUGGCGCCACCGAAGCCUCAAACGCAACCUUUAAUUUGAGCCGCAACACUUUUUCCUCCGGUGCCAUCGGCUCCAUGGGCAAGGUAGCCCACCUCUUGACCUCGUCAGCCUCCACCAUCGUUGAAAUCGACUGGGAAACCGAGGAACCUCGUCGCGACCCAAAUACCGGCUUCUGCAUCAAAGUGCCCCGCGGCGAAGUCGGCGAGCUCCUCAACGUUAUCGAUCCCAACGACAUCGAAGCAAAAUACCAAGGAUACCUAGGCAACGAGAAGGCCACGGCAUCGAAACUCCUCCGUGACGUUCUGCAGCCUGGUGACGCAUACUUCCGCACCGGCGACGCCAUACGUCUUGACAGCGAAGGCAACUACUGGUUCAGCGACCGCAUCGGCGACACAUUCAGGUGGCGCAGCGAGAAUGUCUCGACCGCCGAGGUCGCACAGGUACUAGGCGCACACCCAGCUGUCCUUGAAGCAAAUGUCUACGGCAUCGCGGUCCCGAACCACGACGGUCGCGCCGGCUGUGCAGCAGUGAUGCUGCGGGACGUCGAGACUCCAGACUCACCCGUCCCCACCACCGUACUCGAGAGCAUCGCGACUUUGGCGCGCAACGGCCUACCGAAAUACGCGGUGCCCGUAUUCCUCCGUGUCGUGACCGAGGUCAUGGCGACGGGGAACAACAAGCAGCAGAAACAUGUGUUGCGCAAGGAAGGUGCUGAUCCCGAGUUGAUCUCCAACGGCGAUAGGCUCUUCUAUCUACCGCCCAAUGCGCCGAGUUUCGUGCCGUUCAGUCACGCUGAGUGGAGAGAGCUUCAGGCCGGUGCUAUCAAGUUGUGA